UUUCUCCAAACCAACCAUGGUUUUGUUGUUCAAUUUUCUGAAACUUAUGCUUUUUUCGACAGUGCAUGGAAUUGUUAUCGAGUUUGAAAGACGAGCGGAACUCUACUCCCUGUACUCCUCAAUUCCAUUAUCAAAAGACACGUGGAGAUUUGAGAAUUACCUGAACGUUCACAAGUACAACAAUAUACUAUUCGACGGAAAAAUCUUGGAAUUCGACUCACUGGGAUGGUUAAAUGGGAAUCAGACGAUUUAUCACAAAUUACCAUAUUUUAUAUCGAAUCCGGCGUUUCGAAUUCCUCAUAUAUCAAAGGAAUUGUGUGAUUCUAACGGGUUCUUUAAUAUUGGAUUUCGCAUUUUUCAGAAAACUCGCGAAGCGGGCCUCCCGUACCAACCGCAAUGUGCCACGUGUCAUCCGAUAAUUGAAGGUCUCCAUCAAAUGUACUACGUAUUCCCGGAACGUGAUUUCACUCAGAUUUUCACGAAAUUGACGAUCGGCUCUCGAAAAAUCAAUAAUUUAUUGCACUAUUGUAGUCGGGAGGAUUGUGAACAGGAGCCACGUGUCUCGAAUUUUCAGGAUUACUUGAGAAUUAAUAACCUGCAUUUUGGAAAGGUGACAAGAUGGAGUGGAGAGCAUGGAGCCACUGAAACCGACAGAGAAGCUAUAGGGCUCCCCAAUGGAGAGCUGGCGAUUCAUUCUCGAAAAAUUGAAGGAUUUACUACAAUGUGUGGAAUUGAGUUGAAUGGUAAAAUUGUGAGCAGCUAUAACUUUGUGAAUGAGGAUAUUAUUGGGGACGGAGAGCAGAAUGAUAAAAUCUUCACCUACGAAAACUACGAGUCUCUGGAAAUUUCAAUAAACUCUGUGAACGACACUAAGAACAAUAUUCAAUUGUUCAUCUCCUGGGAUGAUUGGGGUUGCUGUUCGGCGUGCUGCUGUCCCACCUCAAUCUGUGGACAUGAUUAUGAGACUGCUAGUGAUUGGAAGUGGAAAAUGGAAAAGGAAGCGCAGCCCAACCAACCCAGCGAGUCACUGAACCAACUUCACAGACUGCUCUCAAUCCCUCCGUAUGCUCAUCAGGGAAUUCCAUUGUUCUCGUCAUUGUUGAAAAGAAUUGUGCUUGAGGAUAUUUUAAGAGAUAUCCGAAGUGAUUUGGUGCCAAAGUUCAUUGUAGCUAACAAGGCUGCUGGGCACAAAUUCACGUCUGGAAUGUUCAUCGAAUUAGAGUCCUGCAAGUCGAAUAUUCAAAAGACGAAUUGCUACGAGUGGGCCAAGUGCCACAAUAUUUCGAUGGAAGACGUCCACGUGGAAUCCGAGGAGCAAGUUUCCGAUUCGUGUCAGCAAGUGCAAUUUAUCGAUGUGCUCGUUGGAAUGGAUAAUAUGAAAGUGACCGUCGGAGCCCACCAACAUCUCCGUAUCCGAAUGGAUUCAGAAGUUCACGAUAUGCGAACCACGUCCGCCAAAUGGAGAAUUGAUCUUCGAAAACCCAAAAAAUACGAUAAGAACCGCCCGUGUCUGCUGCAGGGAACCGUGCAACGUGGCGGCGAGCUACUCAUUCUUGACUUUUCCACGUGGCACAUGAAAAUUGAUUUGAUUUUGGCGAAGGAACGGAAGAAGGUUCGAAUCACUUUUCAUAAUUUAAAAGUUGACGAGAAGGUUUCUGCAAUACAAAAUACUGUAUUCUAUUGGGCGCUGGCAAUUGCUGCAUUCUUCCUGCUUCUCGUCACUGCCGUCAUUUUAAUGCACAGAGAGAAGACACGGCGUUUGGAGAAAACUCUUAAAUCAGUUAAUUCACACUAGUACAUUGUCGAGAGAACUCGGAUUUUAUAAAUAAAUGAUGAAUUUAUGGUGUUUCAAAAUUUUUGAUUUUUACUAUAAAUGACUCAUUUUUG